AUGGCCACCCCAGUUUUUCCAAAGACAGGCGAAUUCGCAUCAGACAAGCGCGUGCAGCUAGUCGAAGAGACCGGGUGUUUUAUAUUCACAGACCCAAAUGACGGCAUGGAGUACGAAUUUGACAGCACAAAGGGAGCCUGGUUUCCCAUGUGGAAUGAUGUUUUAAUGGAGCAGCAACAGUCAGCAUACGGCGCCGAGAAAAACGAGGAGUGUGUCGGCUAUGCCACAGAGGCCUCGGAGAAACACAUCGGCACCAAACGUAAGGCGAAUGAUAUGCGCAAGAGCCGCGAAAAUACUAGUAUUUAUAUUUCCGGGCUGCCUUCAGACACGACGGAGGCCGAAGUGGUCGAGUAUUUUUCUCAGUGCGGCACUAUAAUGCCUGAUAUAAUUACGAACAAACCGCGCGUGAAGCUGUAUUGUCAUAAAGACGGGAGGAUCAAGGGCGACGCGCUUGUCACAUACUUUAAGUCACCGUCAGUGAAAUUGGCUGUUGAUAUUCUAGACGAUUCGCAGUUCAGAGCGACGAGCCAGUUGCGCAUUAGUGUGCAAGAGUUUGACGCGAAUAAAGAUGACAAGGGCCCUGAAGCGAGCGCACCUAAAAAAUCGCGUGUCGACACGAAGCUUGUUCAGAAGCGCUUGGGCCAAUUGGAAAGGAAACUCGACUGGUCUGAAGAGGAGAAGCAGACAGCCGAUAGAUACAAGCGGACAGUGAUACUCGAGCACAUGUUUACAUUGGCCGAGCUGGAGGAAGACAUCACUCUGCUCCUCGACCUACCAGAGGAUGUGCGCUCAGAGUGCGAAAAGAUUGGAUCCGUUUCGAGCGUCAAGGUGUAUGAUCUUUCUGAAGAAGGCGCCAUUUCGGUAAAGUUUAGAGACGAGCUGUCAGCGCAAGCGUGUGUAAAGGCGAUGAAUGGGAGAUUCUUUGGCGGGCGGCAGAUUAAAGCGGCAAUAUACAACGGGCACAAGCGCUACAGAUUCUCGGGGAAGGACGCCGGGCUGACUAACUCGACAAAUGAGCCGGAUUUGGGCGAGCGGCCAAAAGGCAAAGGAAAGAGCGAUAGCCGAGACAAUACCGAUGGCAAUAGCGAUGGGGAUGAUAACAAUUGUGAUGGCAAAGACGCGGAUAAAGAUCAUCAGCGCAUGGAAAGAUACGCGCAAUGGCUUGAGUCCGAGAACUGA